AUGGAAAUAUCAAAAUUAUAUAUUUGUUUAAAAAGGAACUGUAAUAUGAUGGCAAUAUUUUUUCAGGUUAUAAAUAAAAUGAUGCUAAACAAAAGAAAGGAAAAUACAAAACUAUAUAAGAGAAGAAUAGAAGAUAUUUGGCUGCAAAUACAUGUAAAGAAACUGGAUUUUUUAGUGAUUAUUGUGAAUGUAAUAUUAAAUACCCAUUGA